AUGGCAGCUCGCGCGAACGGUGCCGCCGAUACCAUCGACGCCUACAACCGCACCGUGGCAGCCAUGCGAAGCUCGGUAGGACAAAAGCCGAGUCUCCCAGCGUCCGACCUAGAGGACACUGUCGAGGCACUCGUCGACGACUUUCUCCUUCCAUCAAAAUCGCUUUCGGCCGCAGAGCUGACGCGCGCUCAGGUGCACUGGUCUCGCAAACCCAAGCUCGACCACAUGCUCUGGGCCGAACCAAGCACGUCACUCCACUCGCUCGAGUUCGUGCGUGCUGGUCUGGACGGCCGUAUCGUGUCGUACCGCGAAGUAUCGCACACCUCUGCGCCUCUUCUCGACUCCAAAUCCUCUGCCUCGAUGGCCAGGAAGCCCGCGGCGUCCAGCAACUUCGUGCGCGGCAAGUCGGCCUACGUCCCCUUCGCCCCCGGUGGACUCGAGAACGAGGUAAUGAAGACCGAUGAGACCGAUCCGGUUGGAGAAGGUCUUUCGGAAGCUAUGCGCUCGCAGAUUGCCGACAUGGAAGAGACGCUGAGGUCGGGUAGGGGCCUUUGCUCGAAAGCCCCGGGCCUCAGUCGAACCUUCAUCGACCCGACUGUGGAAACGCCUCAAGGCGACGAUGAUCUCGACCAGGGCGCCUCGGCCUCUGCAAAGGUGCAGGAUGCAUCUCAAGCUCUGGAUGUCGGUCUCGGCCUGGCCCCCAUCCCGGUAUAUCGCCCCAUCGAGCAGCAACGGCCGGGUGCUUCCUCGCGCCGUACCCAGGUCAACGGAGACGCCGCUGCUGCAUCGUCUGGCAACGCACAAGACGCCGAGCUUGAUGAGCUCCUGCCAGUUGAGCGUCCUCAGCCACUGGCGCACGCCAGGCGCAGCGCCAAGAUCGAGGCCAAGCGCGAUUGGGCGCACGUCGUCGACGUCAACCAGCAGCUGACCAACUUCCACGAGCUCGUCCCGCAGAUGGCACAUGCGUUCCCCUUCGAGCUCGAUACGUUCCAGAAGGAGGCCGUGUACCACCUCGAGCAGGGCGAUUCGGUCUUUGUCGCCGCCCACACCAGUGCGGGCAAGACUGUGGUUGCCGAAUACGCCAUCGCGCUCGCGCAGAAACACAUGACGCGCUGCAUCUACACCUCGCCCAUCAAGGCUCUUUCCAACCAAAAAUACCGCGACUUUAAGCAGACAUUCGGUGCGGCCAACGUCGGUAUCCUCACUGGUGAUGUACAGAUCAACCCGGAAGCGCCGUGCCUCAUCAUGACCACCGAGAUUCUGAGGAGCAUGCUCUACCGCGGUGCCGACCUCAUCCGCGACGUCGAAUUCGUCAUCUUUGACGAGGUGCACUACGUCAACGACCAGGAACGCGGCGUCGUCUGGGAGGAGGUCAUCAUCCUCUGCCCGCAGCACAUCAACCUCAUUCUGCUGUCGGCCACCGUUCCCAACACCAAGGAGUUCGCCGACUGGGUGGGACGUACCAAGAAGAAGGACAUCUACGUCAUCAGCACGCCCAAGCGACCUGUACCUCUCGAGCACUUUCUAUACGCGGGCAAAGAGAUGUUCAAGGUGGUUGAUGCGCGUGCGCAGUUCCUGGGCACGGGCAUCAAGGACGCCGGCGAGGCGCUCAAGCGCAAGCAGGAGAAGGAUCGCGAGGCCAUCGCAGCGGCCGGGGGCGGAGCCGCACGCGGCGGUCGAGGCGGUGGUGCAGCCGGCUCCAACUCCAGAGGAAACCGUGGUGGCAUGACGCCCGCACGCGGUGCAGCAGGCCGGGGUCGGGGCGGCGCAGGUGGCGGUCGAGGUGGCUUUCCAAGUACCACCACGGUACGCACAGGCCUGGACAAGAACCUCUGGAUUCACCUGGUGGGCCAACUACGCAAAAAAGACCUGCUGCCCUGCGUCGUCUUCGUCUUUUCCAAGAAGCGCUGCGAAGAAUAUGCGACGAGCAUGCCCAACACGGAUCUGAACACGGCCAAGGACCGGUCCGAGGUGCACAUUGUGAUCGAAAAGUCGCUCACGCGGCUCAAGGGGAGCGACAAGGAGCUGCCGCAGAUCAAGCGCAUGCGCGACCUGCUCGGGCGUGGCAUUGGCGUGCACCACGGCGGCUUGCUUCCUAUCGUCAAGGAGAUCGUCGAGUUGCUCUUCCAGCGCGGCCUGGUCAAGGUUCUGUUCGCAACCGAGACGUUUGCCAUGGGCGUCAACAUGCCCGCGCGCUCGGUGGUGUUUUCCAGCAUCCGCAAACACGACGGACACGGCUUCCGCGAGCUCCUGCCUGGCGAGUACACGCAGAUGUCCGGCCGUGCCGGUCGUCGUGGCCUCGACCCCACGGGAGUGGUCAUCAUCAACGCGGCGGACCAGCUGCCCGAGACGGCGGUGCUGCACAAGAUGCUGCUGGGCCAGCCCACCAAGCUGCAGUCGCAGUUCCGGCUGACGUACAACAUGAUCCUCAACCUGCUGCGCGUCGAGGCACUCAAGGUCGAGGAGAUGAUCAAGCGCAGCUUCUCGGAGAACGCUGCACAGAAGAUGCUGCCGGACCAGCAGCGCAAAGCUCAAGAGCUCGAGCGUCAGCUUUCCAGACUUCCGCAUCCGCAGCCCGACGAGCUGGACGCACAGCUCGCAACGUACUACGACCUGUGCGCGGCGGUGGUGGCGUCGAACCAGUCGCUCUUUGAGCUUGCACUGAGCCACCAGCAAGGAGCCAAGAACUUUGCUGCUGGGAGGGUCGUCGUGCUGCGCGAUGCGCACUUUGACUUUGAUGUGGCGGCGGUGGUGAGGCAAGUGUCUGCGAAAGAGUUCCUCGUGCUUGCUGCGGUGACGGCGGAGCGCAAGCGUGGGGAUCUGGACCAGCUUGUGUCGGAUGCGGGCGUGCCGCCGCUGUGGCCGCCGCGCAUCGAGCCGAUCGAGGCGGAGCUGGUGUACGACCUGCGCGAGGUGCCGCUCAGCAGCAUUGCGCUCGCGACCGACCAGAUGGUCAAGCUCGAUGUGCCGCUGAUCAUGGCGCAUCGCAUCAGUGCGAUGAAUCGUGCGCUCGAGGCGCUCGUUGCCGUCCGCAGCGACUUUUGCUCCGCCGAGACGAUUCGUGAGGCCGAGUGGAGCAAGCUCCGUCGCUUGGACUUCCAGGAAGCCGUGCGCGCGCGCGAUUCGUACGCGCUCAAGACGCAGCAGCACACGUCGCUCCGGUCCGAUGCUUUAUUCACGAAGCAGUAUGCCAUGGUGGCUCGGUACAAGGAGGUGACGUUGGAGCUCGAGAGGCUGCUGCGUCUGCAGUCGGACGAGAACCUCGAGUUGCUGCCGGACUAUCACCAGCGCGUGAACGUGCUCAAGACGUUGCGCUACAUCGACCCUGUCACCGAGUCGGUGCUUCUCAAGGGCCGCGUUGCGUGCGAGGUGAAUUCGGCCAACGAGCUCGUGCUCACGGAACUCAUCCUGGAAAACGUGCUGGUCGAGUACGAGCCCGAAGAGCUCGUGGCGCUGCUAUCGAUCUUUGUGGCGCAGGAGAAGACGGACGAUAUCCCCGAGCUGCCACCGCGCCUGGCGCAGGGGUACGAGCAGAUCAUCGGCGUUGCCGAACGCGUCUCGGCCGUGCAGCUGUCCAACAGCCUCGCAAGCGAGGACUUUACAGUGCCGAGCAAGAUUGCGCUUGUCAAUGUGGUGUACGAGUGGGCCAAGGGGACCGACUUUGCCACGAUUGCAGCCAUGACCGACAUCCAGGAGGGAAGCAUCGUACGUGUCAUCACGAGACUCGACGAGACGUGCAGAGAGAUCCGAGACGCCGCGCGUGUCAUCGGCGACCGCGACCUCGGAGACAAGAUCCAAGCCGCCCAGGCGCGCAUCCGACGCGACAUUGUCUUCGCCGCCAGCUUGUACUUCUAG